GUGGCCGCAGCAGCAGCAGCAGCAGCUCCUCGGGGCUCAGUGUCCUUGUGCGGAAAUGACACACGGUCCCGUCACGUCACGCGAGAGCGCAGCGCGCGGACCCCCUCUCUCUCUCGCACACGGACACACACGCACAUACACAAAGAGCUAAGUGGGAGGGGAAGACACGGGAGCCAGCCACGGCCGCGCUUAUAAAACACCCACCCAAGACCAAGGGGGGCCCUCACCCUCUUUUCCCCACAGUGCCUAAGAAGGACCCAGAGUACGGAAUAUGAAUUCAGAUGAACUGUUUGAUGAUGAAGAAAAUGCUGAAGUUAUUAUCAAAAAUAUUAUGAAAGUAGAAACAGACAAAGAAGAUGAAGUCCUAGACUGCUCCGUAAUAUCAAGACCUGAAAAAAACACGCUGGAUGGUUUAGUGACUUCUCUGCAAGAAACCAAUAAACGGAAACGGACCUUGUUUGGUUGUGAUAGCUCAGGAAGCCACCAAGAAAUUCUACCAAGUCUGAAAAAAAGAGGCCUUACACAAGAGGGCCUUCUUUCAAACUUGAUGCACAGAGAUGGAUCACCUACUCAGGAAGAUGUGGAACAGCUAAACAAGAGCAAGAAUCCUAGCAUAACGUGGCUCGGUGAAGAAGAAGCCUUAAAUAACACAAUCAUGCCAUCAUAUAAGAAACCUCUGUAUGGGAUCUCACACAAAAUUACAGAGAAGAAAAGUCUGCCAGGAACAGAGCAGUUCACUUCCUAUGAGUUGUUUGAAAAGGUUAAUCCUAGCAGUCCUUCCAAUCUUCGGACAUUGAAUGAGCAACGUAAAAGAGAUAUGAGUGCUAUCACACCUGUUGCUUCUGAGUCCGACCCAAAUAUAUAUUCUUUGAUACAAAAAAUGUUUUACACACUUAAUACCUUAAAUUCCAACAUGACUCAGCUUCACAGCAAAGUAGACUUGUUAUCACUAGAAGUCAGUCGAAUUAAAAAGCAUGUCAGCCCCACAGAUGCUGUAGCAGAAUUCAGGCCACCACCUGAGUACCAGCUGACUGCCUCAGAACUCAAACAGAUCAUGGAUCAGAGUACAUCAGGUGGAGAUUUGGCUUGCCGACUACUGGUACAGCUUUUUCCAGAGCUCUUCAGUGAGGAUGAGUUAAGCAGGACCUGCAGUACCUGUGGCUAUCUUAACAAAAAGAAACUUGAGUCCCUUCAUCUACAGCUCAUCCGAAAUUAUGUAGAAGUCUGCUAUCCUUCUGUGAAGAAUCCUGCAGUUUGGCAGGCAGAGUGUUUGCCUCAGGUCAAUGACUUUUUCAGUAGCUUUUGGGCACAGAGAGACAUGGAAAAUAGUCAGCCAGACAUACAGUCCUCCAGUUUUUAUGAGACUGAUCAAGUUAUUGAUGAUAAGGAGGAGGAUGAAGCUCUGCCCAUGGACAGGAGUAGUUCCAUUGCCUCUGAAUGGGUAUUUGAUGCUCAGGAUAUAAAUGAAUUUUUAGAUGAAGCUUCCUCUCCUGGAGAGUUUUGUGUCUUUUUAUUACAUAGAUUGUUUCCAGAACUCUUUGAUCACAGAAAGUUGGCUGAGAGAUAUAGUUGUUAUGGAGAAUGUGGAAAACAAGAGCUUGACCCGCAGCGACUUCAGGUAAUUCGCAGGUACACAGAGAUUUAUUUUCCUGCUAUGCAGGAGAGAAAGGCCUGGUUGCAGCAUUGUGUCCAGCGAAUAAAUGAUGAACUUGAAAGCAUGUAUAUGGAUGACAGUGAGAGUGAGCAGAUGAGAGAGGAUUGCUAUGAUUCUUCUAGUUUGCCUGAUGAUGUGUCUAUUAUAAAAGUGGAAGAUAAUUUUGAAUAUGAAAGGCCAGGCAGAAGGUCAAAAAAGAUUUGGCUUGUGCCUAUAGACUUUGAUAAGCUUGAUAUCCCUUCUCCUGAUUUUGAUGUCCCUAUUCCAGACUACCUGUUAAGCAAGGAGCAGCUUAAGAACAUAUAUGAGAGCAGUUUGUCAAUCGGCAAUUUUGCUUCUCGAUUGCUAGUUCAUUUAUUCCCUGAACUGUUUACCCAUGAAAACUUAAGGAAGCAAUAUAACUGUAGUGGAUCACUGGGUAAGAAACAACUUGAUCCUGUUAGGAUUAAAUUAAUUCGACAUUAUGUGCAAAUGCUAUAUCCGAGAGCGAAGAAUGAUCGAGUAUGGACAUUGGAAUUUGUUGGAAAACUCGAUGAAAGAUGUCGUCGAAGAGAUACAGAGCAAAGACGCACAUACCAACUGCAGCGAAAGGUCCAUGUGCCAGGACCUGAAAGGAGAGAAUUUUUGACCUAUGCAAUAAACCCGGAAAGAUUUAAAGAAGAAUUUGAAGGACCGCCAUUGCCUCCGGAAAGAAGCAACAAAGAUUUCUGCAAGAUACCACUUGAGGAACUUGUUGUUCCUCCUCCAGACUUUCCUGUGCCUUCUCUGUAUCUGCUGUCUGACAAGGAAGUAAGAGAAAUAGUACAGCAGAGCCUUUCAGUUGGUAACUUUGCUGCCAGACUUCUUGUAAGACUUUUUCCAGAGCUGUUUACUUCAGAUAACCUCAGACUGCAAUACAACCAUUCAGGGGCUUGUAACAAAAAGCAGCUCGAUCCUGUCAGACUGAGACUAAUCCGUCAUUAUGUUGAAGCUGUUUAUCCUGUUGAGAAAAUGGAUGAAGUGUGGCAUUAUGAAUGUAUACCAAGCAUUGAUGAAAGAUGCAGACGUCCCAAUAGAAAAAAGUGUGAUAUACUGAAAAAAGCCAAGAAAGCAAAAAAGUGAUCUUUUUAGUUUCCAAAGAUGUUGACCACUAAGUUAUUUAGAAGCAGACUGAGACAGCCUGCUUUAGACUAAUACUCAGAAUAUUCACUCAGCAUUAGGGCAACUGAUAAGAAAAUGUUGCUCUAACACGUACGGGAAAGGGCAAUCCAGUGAGGAUGGGGAAAAGGGGUGUAGGACAAUCCAGUGGGAAUGUCACUUAGAAGAACCUAUUGAAAUGAAUGCAUAUUGUGGGAAAAGAUGUAACUCCAUUUCAGGAUGCCUGUAUGUAGGCUAGGUUUCUGAUAGUGCCCUUGCUUGCUACCUACCUGAAUUGGUACACAGCAAAUAAUCAUAAAUUAUUACAGAUGUUCCAGUAGCAUCUCAUUUAAAUAUAAUCAUCAGUGAAAAUAAAUUAUAUAGUUUUAAAUUUUUUAAUUGAUUUUUUAGCAGUGAGUAGUCUCGUGCUCUUUAAAACAGUUUCAAAGUGCCAUACUCUUUGAAAAGAGUAGAGAAUCAAGACAGUCUCUGUACUAAUUACAGCUACUCCUUGUAUUAGUUUGAACAUUGGGAGAGUGAAGUACUACAAAAUCAAUGAACAGAAAAGUUACAAUUUUCUUUAAAGGUUUCCCAUUUUGUUGCUGAAUGGUUGUAAAAGUUAAGAUUAUGAUCAUGGCAUUAUUUAACAUGUGUUAAGAUCGUAGUACCAAUACUUCAGUUGUUAGUCAUCUAAGUUAUUCCAUUGUCCUCAGUGUGACUUCUUGGUAUAAAAGCUACUGGUAUAAGCAUAGGUUGUGAACUAGACUCUUGCCCUGUAUCAGUAGAAUAUGGUGCUAUUACCUGUUAUUCUCACUACUUAUAUUUAAAAAAUACUUGAAUUGAGGAAUGUACAAAAACAUUUAAGCCCAUAUUAUUUUUGUUAGCAAAAUGAUUGCAGCCUUUGAAAAGUUCAAAAUAUUAAAUAUUAUAUGUAUCUAUA